AUGGCAGAUCUCAAAAUCCUAGUUACUGGCGCCGCUGGCUACAUUGGAGGAUCCGUUGUUGCAACCCUGAUAUCAGAAAAGACUCAUUUUCCAAAAAACAAGGUCUUCGCGGCUGCUCGUACAGAAGAGCAAGUGCAGGCUCUUCAGCCACUCGGCAUCAAUGUGCUCCAUUUGAACCUGCAGGAUGAGCAAGAAGUAGCCGAAGCUAUAUUUCAGAACGAAAUCGACCUUGUCAUCCAUACAGCUAGCUCCAUAGAGGCUCAAUUGGCAUUGCAUCUUAUUUCAGCGUUGGGAAAACGCCGCGCGUCAUCAGUAACUACGGGCUAUUCUAAAGAGGGUGGGUGGCCAUACGGAACCAUCAAGGACGGUGAUCAGGUGUACAAGCUAGAGAAGGAAUUGAACGACGGGUUUCCGAUUCGCGUGACCAACACGGCUAUCACAGAGCUGGCACAAAAGCAAGGUGUCACGAGCUUCAUCGUUGGAGUGCCAUUCGUUUAUGGAACCGGAACGGGCCAAUGGAAGAAGCUGUCUCAAAAUAUUCCCGCUAUUGUCAAAGCAAGCAUGAAGCUCAAGACAGUCUAUAAGUUCGAUGAUAACAGCAAUUUCAUAACUGUCCACAUAUCAGAUCUAGCAGAUUACUACGUGCUCCUUGUCAAAAAGAUAAUGCAAGGAGAGAAGCUUCCGAGCGGAGAAGUGGGCUACUAUUUCGCCGUUGCUCACGAGGCAGGUUGGUGGGCCAUGAUUGAGAGUCUCACAACCGUCCUCCACGCCCGUGGACUCGUCACACAGCCCACGGCUCAAAUCUGGACGAGUGAUGACAUGGCUGCAGAGACACUAGUUCUCCCACGUCAAUAUGUGCGACUGAUGCACACCGCGCGUGUGACAAUUGAUUACAAGAACGGUUUCCCCCUUGGUUGGCAACCUAAGUGGAAUGAACAGAAGUUCUUGGCGAGCAUGGAUGAGGAGGUCAGCGCUACUCUUCAGUACGAUAGGGGUAGGACUACUCUCUUCGAUACUUUGAAGCCGAUGAACUAG